AUGAUGCCAAUGUUCUUCCUAAUUCUGUUCAUCCUCAACAAAGCCAAUGGUAAAUUUGUGUUAAACGCGGAAAGCUCAUCGAUUGUUGUUCUACGACAUAUUCGUCUGAUGACAGAUGAUGAGUAUUAUCGUAUUCGUUGUCCAUACCAUUUGAAUCACUUAACUCUCACAUUACUGAACUAUUCCAAUGGGAUCUGCUAUGAUUUGUACACGAAAUCUAUCAAUGAUGGCUGUAUGAACUAUCGGUCUCCUUGUCGCUACCACGCCAAACCUAUUCAACUGAGUUGCAAUAGCCAACCAUAUUCAAAACAUGUCGAUAUCACUUAUCAAUGCUCGUCAUCACCUUCGAAAUUGUCUCGAAUAUUUUUACCCGACAAUGAAAAAAAAGCAAUAUCUCCCAUCGCAAAUAAUCUACCUUUUCUUUCUACACAUCAUCCACCCAAAGCUGCAACUGUGCAUGCGUUAACAUUUCCAUCAAUGUCAUCACAUAUUGAAGAAAGCAUCGGAAUAUUUCUUGUUGGCCUAGUAACAGUGUUUCUUCUGUGGUUAACCGUAUGUUGUAUAUGGUUCAUGCGUUGUGGCCACAUAAAUGAAGAAGAUGAUGGAAAAUGCGAAUUAUUAUCCUUUCAACCUGCUCAACAAGCAGAUCUAGUUGAUUUUACCGUGCUCACUGAACGCAUGCCUACGAUUGUUGGAAAUCUCUCCGGCCAUACAAGUACAGGUGGACUUGAAGCUGUUCGCCUCCAUGUCAAUCCCAUCGAAAAUAAACGUAUAUCAUCAUUGAAAAUGACACAAAUCGAUUGA